AUGGCCCAUUUGUAUCUGGCACCUGCUGUCAUCCUGCUCCAACUCCCUAGCUUGUGGCAGCUGCCCAGUCAAUGUUGUGAUGCUCCUGUGCUGCAGGAACUCGUCCCUGGGCUGGGCACACGCCCAGCCCAAAAGGUGACGGAUGAGGAGAUGGAGGAGGAGGAGGAGGAUGAAGAGGAGGCGGAGAAAGAGGUGGAAGAGGACGUAGAGGAGGUAGAGGAAGAAGAAGAGAAGGAGGAGGCUAUGAAUGGGUUUUCUUCCUCCUUUUUCCUUUUUUCCAACCAUUGGGGGAUCCACAAUGGUUGUGUGAAUGCGAUUGAUAAUGUGAAUGUGGAUGCGCAUAAGUGUAUUAAUAGCCAGUGUGCUGAGUGGGAUUCAAGUUUGCUGCCCUGUGCCUACUACAGGCAGGAGGGAUUCAUUGGCAAGGCCAAGAACUCUAUAUUAGUGAGCCUGAUUGACUUCUGCUAUGGUCAGAACUGGCCAAGUUCACAUCCGUGCCAAGCUACAGCCACCAUGAGGAGUCAGUGGCACCUGCACACUGCCCUCCUCUGCCUCCUGGUCUCAGGCUUGCCCUUCACACAGCCCCAGCCCCAGCCUCAGGGUGCAGCGGUGAGAAACAGUGCGGCUGCCGAUAUAAUAUUUCUAGUGGAUUCCUCUUGGAACAUGGGGAAGGAACAUUUCCAACUUGUCCGCCAGUUUCUUUAUGAUGUUGUACGGGCUCUAGCGGGAGGAGAGCAGGAUUUUCAUUUUGCUCUGGUCCAGUUCAACGGCGACCCCAAAACUGAGUUCCUGUUAAAUACCUACCACACCCCACAAGAAGUGCUCUCUCAUAUUUCCAACUUGACUUACACUGGGGCCAGUGACCGGAGUGGAAAAGGCUUAGAGUAUGUAAUGCGGACCCACCUGUCGCGGGAGGCUGGGAGCCGGGUCGGUGAUGGAGUCCCACAGCUGAUCAUGGUACUGAGCCACGGACCAUCGGCAGGACCCAGCCUGGCCCUGCCCACCGCGGGACUUACAUCGGCGGCAGCUGCUGCUAAUGUGUUUGCGGCAAGAGCCCAGGAGCCGCUCCGAAUGCAUGUUUCCAACCUAGAGAAUUUUACUUCCCUUCCCAACUUAGUGGGUUCCUUAGUGUCCUGGGUGCAAUCCUCUGUGGCAACAGGAGAGACCCCUAAAGACCUCACAGCACAAGAUUCUGCUGACCUUAUUUUCCUUAUUGACGGAUCCAACAGCACCGGAAGUGUCAAUUUCGCAAUCACGCGUGACUUCCUUAUAAAUCUCCUUGAGAGACUUUCAGUGGGCCCUCAGCAGAUCCAUGUGGGGGUGGUCCAGUAUAGUGAUGAGCCCAGGACUGUGUUUGCGCUGGAUACCUAUUCCUCAGGGGCGCAAAUCCUGCAGGCAGUGAAGGCCAUGGGGUUUGCAGGUGGGGAGUUUGCUAACCUGGGCCUUGCCCUGGAUUUUGUGAUGGAGAAUCAUUUUACUCGGGCAGGGGGUAGCCGUGCAGAGGAAGGGGUUCCCCAGAUACUGGUGCUCCUAAGUGCCCAGCCAUCGAGUGAUGAGAUCAGUGAUGGGGUGGUGUCAUUGAAGCAGGCUAGCGUGUUUGUGUUUGGUCUGGGCACCCGGGCCGCCUCCAGGGCUGAGCUCCAGCAAGUAGCCACCAGCGACAGCCUGGUGUUCAUGGUCCCGGAAUUCCAUAAUUUGGGGGACCUCCAAGAGCAGUUACUGCCCUACAUUGUUGACGUGGCCCAAAGACGCAUUGUCUUGCAGCCACCAACCAUUGUCUCAGAAGUUAUCGAGGUGAACAAGAGAGACAUAGUGUUCCUUGUGGACGGCUCUGCCUCGUUGGGCCAGGCCAACUUCAACGCCAUUCGUGACUUCCUCUACAAAAUCAUCCAGAAGCUGGAGAUUGGCCAGGACCUUGUCCAGGUGGCUGUGGCACAGUAUGCAGACACUGUCAGGCCCGAGUUCUACUUCAAUACCCAUUCCAACCGGAGAGAGGUGCUGGCCGCCGUGCGCAGGAUGAAGGCCCUUGAUGGCUCGGUUCGCUACACUGGCUCUGCCCUUGACUUCGUCCGCAAUAGCCUAUUCACAAGCACCACUGGCCACCGUGCCUCUGAGGGGGUCCCCAAGCUGCUAGUGCUGAUCACAGGUGGGAGGUCACUGGAUGAAGUCAGCCAGCCAGCACAGGAGCUGAAGAGGAGCGGCGUCAUGGCCUUUGCUGUGGGGAACAAGGCGGUCGAUGAGGCCGAGCUGCGGGAGGUGGCAUUUGAUGAGUCCCUGGUAUUUGUCCCGGCUGAGUUCCGUACAGCACCCCUGCAACAACUUCUGCCUAGCCUGGUGGCCCCUCUCAGGACCCUCUCUGGGACCAUGGAAGCUCACGCAAACAAGAGGGAUAUUGUUUUCCUCCUGGACGGCUCCCUGGACGUUGGCGAGACCAACUUCCCGUACGUUCGGGACUUUGUGGCCAGUGUGGUCCGCAACCUAGACAUUGGACACGACAGCAUCCGCGUGGGUUUAGUGCAGUUUAGCGACAUGCCAGCCACCGAGUUCUCCCUAGACACUUACCACUCCAAGUCUCACCUGCUGGCUGGCCUGAGGCAGCUGCAGUUCCGGGGGGGCACGGGCCGCAACACAGGCGCUGCCCUCAGCUACGUACAUGCCCACCAUUUCACGCCUGAGGGCGGCAGCAGGAUCGCUGACCACGUGCCGCAGCUCUUGCUCCUGCUCACAGCCGGCCCGGCUCACGACGCCUUCCUGCCAGCUGCCAACAGCCUGGCACGUGCCGGGGUUCUGACCUUUUGUGUGGGGGCUGGCAGGGCCAACAAGGCAGAGCUGGAGCAGAUCGCGUUUAACCCCAGCCUGGUGUAUCUCAUGGACGAGUUCAGCUCUCUGCCAGCCCUGCCACAGCAGCUGAUCCAGCCCCUCACCACCUACGUUAGUGGGGGUGUGGAGGUGAUGCACUCCCAGCCAGAGACCAAGAGGGACAUCCUGUUCCUGUUCGAUGGUUCGGCCAACCUCGUGGGCCAGUUCCCAGCUGUGCGCGACUUCCUGUACAAAGUCAUUGAGGAGCUGGACGUGCGGCCAGAUGGGACUCGGGUGGCCGUGGCCCAGUUCAGUGACAACGUGCGAGUGGAGUCGCGCUUCAGUGAGCACCAGAACAAGCCCGAAAUUCUUGGGCUGGUGAAGAAGAUGAAAAUCAAGACAGGCAAAGCACUCAACCUGGGUUACGCGCUGGAGUUUGCGCUACAACAGUUGUUUGUGAAGGAGGCUGGAAGCCGUGUGGAAGAUGGGGUGCUGCAAUUCCUGGUGCUGCUGGUAGCUGGCAGGUCCUCAGACAAUGUGAUGGGUCCAGCCCAAGACUUGCGCCAGAGUGGUGUGAUACCCUUCAUCUUCCAGGCCAAGAGUGCUGAGCAGGCCGAGUUAGAGCUCAUUGUGCCCAACCCCGCUUUCAUCCUGGCCACAGAGUCACUCCCCAAGAUCGGGGACCUCCAGCCUCACAUUGUGAAUCUCCUGAAAACCGUGCAGAGUGGGGUGUCUGCUCCAGCUUCAGGAGCGAAGGACGUGGUAUUUCUCCUGGAUGGCUCUGAGAGUGUGCGGACUGGCUUCCCUUUGCUCAAGGACUUUGUGCAGAGCGUGGUGGAGAGCCUAGAUGUGGGUCCGGAUCGUGUGCGAGUAGCACUGGUGCAGUAUAGUGACCGAACCCGGCCUGAGUUCUACCUCAACUCCCACAUAGACCAACAGGGCGUGCUCAAUGCCGUCCGCAACCUGAGGCUGCUGGGGGGACCCAUGCCCAACACUGGAGCUGCUCUGAACUUUGUCCUGAGGAAUGUGCUGGUGGAGUCUGCGGGCAGUCGCAUCUUGGAUGGUGUCCCCCAGCUCCUGAUGGUCCUUACUGCUGACCGUUCAGGGGAUGAUGUGCAGGGCCCCUCAGUGGUCCUGAAGAGAGGAGGGGCUGUGCCCAUUGGCAUAGGCAUUGGCAACGCGGACAUCAGCGAGAUGCAGACCAUUUCCUUCAUCCCUGACUUCGGCAUGACCAUCACCGACUUCCGGGAGCUGGGCACUGUCCAGCAGGUGGUCUCUAAGCAGUUGGUGCAGCUGAACCGGGAAGAAGUGGAGCGGAUAAGAAGGGAACCCAUCCCAGAGCCCAUGCCGUCUGCAGGCAUAGACAACAAGCGGGACGUAGUCUUCCUCAUUGAUGGCUCCCAAACUGCAAGUCCUGAGUUCUCGCACAUCCGCACCCUCCUGGAGAGGCUGGUGGGCUCCCUGGACGUGGGCAUGGACACAACACGCGUGUCAGUGAUCCAGUUCAGCGAGGACCCUAGGGUGGAGUUUCUGCUCAACACCCAUUCGAGCAAGGACGAUGUUCUUAGUGCCCUGAAGGGGCUGCGCCCCAAAGGUGGGCGACUGGUCAACCUUGGGGGUGCCCUGGAGUAUGUGUCCAAGAACAUCUUCAGGAGGCCCCUGGGGAGUCGCAUUGAAGAGGGCGUCCCCCAGUUCUUGGUGCUCAUCUCCUCUGAGAGGUCCAGUGAUGAAGUGGAUGAGCCAGCAUUCGUGCUCAAGCAGUCGGGUGUGGCCCCUUUCACCAUUGCCAGGAAUGCUGACCGAGAGGAGUUGGUCAAGAUCUCCCUGAGCCCUGAGUACGUGUUCUCAGUGGGCUCGUUCAGGGAGCUGCCGAGCCUGGAGCAGAAGCUGCUCAGCCCCAUCACCACGCUGACCACUGAGCAAAUCCAGCAACUACUGGCUGCCACACGCUACCCACCCCCAGCAGUGGCAAGUGAUGCAGCAGACAUAGUCUUCCUGAUUGACAGCUCUGAUGGUGUGAAACCUGACGGCAUCGCCCAUAUCCGGGACUUUGUGAGCCAGAUAGUUCGGAAACUCAACAUUGGUCCCAAUCGAGUGAGGGUUGGCGUGGUCCAGUUCAGCAAUGAGGUGUACCCAGAAUUCUACCUGAAGACCCACAAGUCACAGGGCCCCAUGCUGGAGGCCAUCCGGCGCCUGAGGUUCAAAGGAGGGGCCCCAUUGAACACUGGCAAAGCUCUGGAGUAUGUGGCCAGAAAUCUCUUUGUUAAGUCAGCCGGGAGCCGCAUAGAAGAUGGGGUACCUCAACAUCUGGUGCUGUUUCUGGGAGGCAAAUCCCAGGAUGAUGUGUCCAAGUUCUCGCAGGUGAUCAGGAGGUCAGGGAUCAUGAGCUUGGGGGUUGGAGACCGAAACAGCGACAGGAGAGAGAUGCAGGUCAUCACCAACAAUCCAGGCCAGGUGGUCAUCGUGCAGGAGUUCAGAAACUUGCCCAAUGUAGAAGACAAGGUCAUGAGCUCCUUUGGCGCCCCCGGAAUCACACCUGCACCUCCUGAUGUGGACACGUCCUCCCCCUCUCGACCAGAGAAGAAGAAAGCUGACAUUGUGUUCUUGCUGGAUGGCUCCAUCAACUUCCGGAGGGAGAACUUCCAGGAGGUGCUGACUUUUGUGUCCGAGAUUGUGGAUACACUCUAUGAGACGGGUGACUCUAUCCAGGUGGGGUUGGUGCAGUACAACUCAGACCCCACAGACGAGUUCUUCCUGAGGGAAUUUUCCACCAAGCAGCAGAUCCUCGAUGCCAUCAGCAAGGUGGUAUACAAGGGUGGGCGUCAUGCCAACACCAAGGUGGGCGUGGAGCACCUUCGGCUGCACCACUUUGUGCCGGAGGCAGGCAGCCGGUUAGACCAGAGAGUCCCACAGAUCGCUUUUGUCAUCACGGGUGGGAAGUCGGUGGAGGAUGCACAACAGGCCAGCCUGGCACUCACGCAGCGGGGCGUCAAGGUGUUUGCAGUGGGUGUGAAGAACAUCGACUCCCAGGAGGUGAGCAGGAUUGCAUCCAACAGUGCUACUGCCUUCCGUGUGGGGAACGUCCAGGAGCUGUCGGAGCUGAGCGAGCAGGUGCUGGAGACUCUAUAUGAUGCUAUGCACGAGACUUUGUGUCCUGGGGUUACUGAUGUCUCCAAAGUCUGUAACCUGGAUGUGAUUCUGGGCUUUGACGGCUCGAGCAAUCAGAAUGUAUUUGUGGCUCAGAAAGGCCUCGAGGCCAAAUUGGACCUCAUCUUGAACCGAAUCAGCCAGAUGCAGAAGAUCAGCUGCAGUGGCGGCCAGACACCCACUGUGCGGGUAUCAGUGGUUGCCAACACGCCAUCAGGUCCUGUGGAGGCCUUUGACUUUGCCGAGUAUGAGCCGGAGCUGCUGGAGAAGUUCCAUGGGUUACGCAGCCAGCACCCGUACAUCCUCACUGCAGACACGCUCAAGGUCUAUCAGAAUAAGUUCAGCAAGUCUUCUCCUGACAGUGUAAAGGUGGUCAUUCAUUUCACUGACGGGGCAGAUGGGGAUCUAGCCGAGCUCCAGAAAGCGUCUGAGUUGCUCCGACAAGAAGGUGUCCACGCCUUCAUGCUGGUGGGCCUGGAGCGUGUGGUUGACUUGGAGAGGCUAAUGCACCUGGAAUUCGGCCGCGGCUUCAUGUACAACAGGCCGCUGAGGGUGAACCUGUUGGAUCUGGACUAUGAAAUCGCAGAGCAGCUGGAUAACAUCGCAGAGAAGACAUGCUGCGGGGUCCCCUGCAAGUGCUCCGGACAGAGGGGUGACCGAGGGCCUGUGGGCAGCAUUGGGCCCAAGGGUGUUUCCGGAGAAGAUGGAUUCCCAGGUUACCCAGGAGAGGAGGGCGGACCUGGCGAGCGGGGUCCCCCAGGUGUGAACGGCACUCAAGGCUUCCAGGGCUGCCCUGGGCACCGGGGUACUAAGGGCUCACGUGGAUUCCCUGGAGAGAAGGGAGAACUGGGAGAAAUUGGCCUGGAUGGCUUGGAUGGGGAAGAGGGAGACAAAGGGUUUCCCGGUUCUUCUGGAGAGAAGGGCGGUGUGGGAAGAAGGGGGGACAAAGGACCGAAAGGAAUCAAAGGAGAGAGAGGAGACAUUGGCAUCCGAGGUGACCCUGGCGAGUCGGGCCGGGACAGCCUGGAGCCAGGACCCAAAGGCGAAGCUGGGGACUUCGGCCCCAUGGGUCUGCCUGGAUUUGAUGGCCCAUCUGGGAUCCCUGGGACCCCUGGAAAAGAUGGUGGCUUUGGCCGGAGAGGACCAGCAGGAGCUAAGGGGAGUCCGGGCAGCCCUGGCCAGCAGGGCACAGUGGGCGAGCAUGGUCCUCGAGGGUCACAGGGCCCGCCUGGCCCCACUGGCCCCCCAGGGCUCAUCGGGGAACAAGGCAUUCCUGGUGCCCGGGGAAAUGGAGGAUCUCCGGGAGCACCAGGUGAACGUGGCAGGAACGGUCCCCUGGGAAGAAAGGGUGAGCCUGGAGACCCAGGCCCUGUGGGUGGCAUCGGGAACCCUGGCCCCCGAGGGGAGACGGGAGAUGAUGGACGUGAUGGGGUUGGAGGUGAUGGACGCAGAGGCAAGAAGGGAGAAAGAGGGUUUCCUGGCUACCCAGGCCCGAAGGGCACCCCAGGUGAGCCAGGCACCAGUGGAAGUCCAGGGCCCAAAGGAAUCAGAGGCAGAAGGGGAAAUUCGGGACCUCCUGGGGCUGGAGGACAGAGGGGAGAACCUGGCCAUCCUGGACCCCCUGGUCACAAAGGCAACCGUGGUGACUCGGUGGAUCAAUGCGCCCUGGUCCAGAACAUCAAGGACAAGUGCCCUUGCUGUUAUGGUCCCCUGGAAUGUCCUGUUUUCCCUACGGAGCUGGCCUUCGCCUUAGACACCUCCGAGGGUGUCACUCAGGAUGUGUUCAGCCGCAUGAGGGAUGUGCUCUUGGGCUUGGUGGGUGACCUGACAAUCGCUGAGAGCAACUGCCCACGGGGGGCCCGUGUGGCCGUGCUCACCUACAACAAUGAGGUGACCACGGAGAUUCGCUUCGCCGACUCACGCAGGAAGGCGGCUCUCCUGGACAGCAUCCGUAACCUGCAGGUGGCCCUGACAUCCAAGCAGCCCAGUCUGGAGACAGCCAUGGCCUUUGUGGCCCGGAACACAUUCAAGCGUGUCCGAAGCGGCUUCCUCAUGCGCAAGGUGGCCGUGUUCUUUAGCAACAAGGCAGUGCGCGCUACCCCUGAGCUCCGUGAGGCUGUACUUAAGCUCUCGGAUGCGGGCAUCACACCCCUGUUCCUUACCAGUCAAGAGGACCGCCAGCUGGUCAAUGCCCUUCAGAUUAACAACACAGCUGUCGGACACGCACUUGUCCUGCCAGCACGGAGGGACCUUGCGGACUUCCUGAAGAAGGUGCUGACCUGCCACGUUUGCUUAGAUAUCUGCAAUAUUGACCCGUCUUGUGGCUUCGGAAGCUGGAGACCCACGUUCCGGGACCGGCGGGCAGCAGGCAGCAACAUGGACAUGGAUGUAGCCUUCAUUCUGGAUAGUUCGGAGACCACCAGCCUGUUCCAGUUCAAUGAGAUGAAGAAGUACAUCGCCCACCUGAUCCGGCAGCUGGACCUGAGCCCAGACCCUAAGGCCUCCCAGCAUCUGGCUCGGGCGGCCAUAGUGCAGCAAGCGCCAUACAACGAGGUGGUGGGGAAUAUCAGCUUGGUGCCUGUGCAGGUGGAUAUAUCCCUCACCAACUUCAGCUCCAAGGAGUGGCUGCUGGGCUUCCUCAGUCAUGGGCUAAGGCCACUACAAGGUGGCAGGGCGCUGGGCCGUGCCAUUGAGCACACUGUGGGCCGUGUGUUCGAGCGUGCACCACACCCCCGGGACCUGAAGGUGCUGGUGUUGCUGCUGACAGGUGCCGUGCAGGGCUCAGAACUGGCGGAGGCGAGACAGGCAGUGCUUCGGGCCAAGUGCAAGGGCUACUUCUUGGUCAUACUGGGCAUCGGGCCUGAGGUGAAUGUCGGGGAUCUUCAGGCCUUUGCCAGUGAACCCAGUGACGUCUUCUUCAAGCUGGUGGACAAGGCCAGCGAGCUGGCAGAGGAACCGCUUUUGCGCUUCGGGAGGCUGUUACCAUCCUUCAUAGGAAGCCAGAAUGCGCUUUCCUUGUCCCCGGAUAUUAGAAAACAAUGUGAUUGGUUCCAAGAGGAACAACUGGCCAGGACACCUGUGAAGUUUGGCCACCGUGGUGUGAGUAUAAAUAUUCCAAAUAAUGCCUCUUCAAGUACAUCACCCAAACCUGUGAGCACAAGGAAGCCAGUGACCACAACAGAACGAACAGUCAGCACGGCCAAGCCCAUAGUGACAGCCCGCAUGCCAGCGGCUAAGCCUGCAGCCCCUGCCAGAACCCCCAUGGCUGUGAAACCAGGGCCUGUAAAGCCACCUGCAGCCGCCAAACCUCCCACCACAGUCGCCAAACCUCCCACCGCAGCCGCCAAACCUCUCACCACAGCCACCAGGCCUGGGCCCCUCAAGCCAGAGUCUCCCAGGUCCCAGGAGCCCAAACCUGCCACCUCCAAGGCAGACAACACAAAGCCUGCAGGCCCUGCCUCCCAGGAGGUCCGUGUGUCCGAGAUCACAGAGAAUAGCGCCAAGCUGAGCUGGGAAAGGCCUGAGCCCCCUAGCCCCUAUUUUUAUGAUCUGACGGUCACCUCAGCCCAUGACCAGUCCCUGGUCCUGAAGCAGAACCUGACAGUCACUGACCGCAUCAUCGGGGGGCUUCGGGCUGGUCAUGUGUACCGUGUCUCCGUGGUCUGUUACCUGAGGUCCCAGGUCCGCGCUGCUUACCAUGGGAGCUUCAGCACAAGAAAGGUCCGGUCUCCAGCUCCUGAACCCGGGCGGUCAGUUGCCAGCACCAGCGUCAAAUUAGUCGUGAACCAAGACCCGCUGGUUCACACAGAAGCAGAUAUCUGUCAGAUGGCCAAAGACAUAGGAACUUGCCGGAAAUUCAUAUUAAAAUGGUACUUCGACGUAGGGACCAAUAGCUGUGCACGUUUUUGGUAUGGUGGCUGCGGUGGAAACGAAAACAAGUUUGAUUCACAGAAAGAAUGUGAAAAGGUUUGCGCCCCUGCACUGCUCAAAGCUGGAGUGGCCACCGCGCUGGAGAACUAGGUGGCCCACUGGGCACACAUACCUCUUGGGGAAGGAACUGACCCUCUGCAAAAGCUCCAGGCAGAGCCCUAACACUGUGCUCGUUCCAACUCCCCUGAUGCUCAAGACUUGGGACGCAAGCUCUGCCUCCAAUCGACCCGUCCAUUGGUGCUAACUGUGUCUGUGGGACCAGUGUUCUCUGGCUCCAGAUGAUUGUCUCGUAGCCCUGGAAUUUUGUAGAAUACUCAGUCCCUGGUGCUUCCAGACUCACCUCCCCAGGCUCCUGCCUCUGUUGGCAGGUAAAAAACCUGAACACAACCCAUGCCUUACUUCUUCCAGAUUCUUCUGCGUGCCUCCUCCUUCUUCCCCCGAUGAAGCGUGACCUUAGAUGUAAAGCCUUGUAGCAUCAAGAUGCUAGACCCACUGGCCCUUUUCUGGCUCCCCAUUUCCUGGGGGAGAUUUCACGCU